GUAUGAAGCCUGUCGUUACCUUGCAGCUAGAUGCCAUUAUGCUGCAAAAGAACACCAACAGGCCCUUGAUAUUCUUGAUAUGGAGGAACCAAUCAACAAAAGAUUAUUUGAAAAAUACUUAAAGGAUGAAAGUGGCUUGAAAGACCCCUCGAAUGACUGGGAAAUGUCACAGUCCUCAAUAAAGAGUUCUAUUUGUCUUCUACGGGGAAAAAUCUAUGAUGCACUAGAUAACCGAACCUUAGCCACUUACAGCUACAAAGAAGCUUUGAAGCUUGAUGUCUACUGUUUUGAAGCGUUUGAUCUUUUAACUUCACACCACAUGUUGACAGCACAAGAAGAAAAAGAACUUCUUGAAUCCUUACCGCUUAACAAGCUCUGUACUGAAGAACAAGAAUUGCUACGUUUUCUAUUUGAGAACAAAUUAAAAAAGUAUAAUAAACCUAGUGAAACUGUCAUCCCUGAGUCUGUAGAUGGCUUGCAAGAGAAUCUGGAUGUGGUAGUGUCUUUAGCUGAGAGACAUUAUUAUAACUGUGAUUUUAAAAUGUGCUACAAGCUUACUUCUGUAGUAAUGGAGAAAGAUCCUUUCCAUGCCAACUGUUUACCUGUACAUAUAGGGACGCUUGUGGAGCUGAAUAAAGCAAAUGAACUUUUCUAUCUUUCUCACAAGCUGGUGGAUUUAUAUCCUGGUAAUCCUGUGUCUUGGUUUGCAGUGGGAUGUUAUUAUCUCAUGGUUGGUCAUAAAAAUGAACAUGCCAGAAGAUACCUGAGCAAAGCUACAGCGCUGGAGAAGACCUACGGGCCUGCUUGGAUAGCCUAUGGGCACUCGUUUGCAGUGGAGAGUGAGCACGACCAGGCCAUGGCUGCCUACUUCACAGCAGCACAGCUGAUGAAAGGAUGUCAUUUGCCUAUGCUGUAUAUCGGAUUAGAAUAUGGUUUGACCAAUAACUCAAAACUUGCUGAAAGAUUCUUCAGCCAAGCUCUGAGUAUCGCACCAGAAGACCCUUUUGUUAUGCACGAGGUUGGAGUGGUUGCAUUUCAGAAUGGCGAAUGGAAGACAGCAGAAAAAUGGUUUCUUGAUGCUUUGGAAAAGAUUAAAGCAAUUGGAAAUGAGGUGACAGUUGACAAAUGGGAACCUUUGUUGAACAACUUGGGGCAUGUCUGCAGAAAACUUAAAAAGUAUGCUGAGGCCUUGGAUUACCACCGCCAGGCAUUGGUGCUAAUUCCUCAGAAUGCAUCCACCUACUCUGCUAUAGGGUAUAUCCACAGUCUGAUGGGCAACUUUGAAAAUGCUGUGGACUAUUUCCACACAGCCCUUGGUCUUAGGCGAGAUGAUACAUUUUCUGUUACAAUGCUUGGUCAUUGCAUUGAAAUGUACAUUGGGGAUUCUGAAGCUUAUAUCGGAGCAGACAUUAAAGACAAAUUAAAAUGUUAUGACUUUGAUGUGCAUACAAUGAAGACACUAAAAAACAUUAUUUCACCUCCGUGGGAUUUCAGGGAAUUUGAAGUAGAAAAACAGACUGCAGAAGAAACAGGGCUGACACCAUUGGAAACCUCAAGGAAAACUCCAGAUUCAAGGCCUUCCUUGGAAGAAACCUUUGAAAUAGAAAUGAAUGAAAGUGACAUGAUGUUAGAGACAUCCAUGUCAGACCAUAGCACAUGACUCCAGACAGUGGUCCUGGUCCUGUUUGUCCAGUGUAGGUCAGUAUUCUCACAUCUCCUUGCCAUGGCUUAGGAAUGUCCCACUUCUUACCAUGAACCCAGACUGCAUCUCUACAUUUAGGAACAGAGACCUGCCUUAAGAGAUUGGGUCACAUAUCUUUGCAACAGACGUGUUCUGAUUCUCUGAACCUACAAAGUAGUUAUAUGUAGUGGAAUAAAAAAAGGUAUACCAUCUAUUAUGUCUUUUCUUUCUUUUUCAGUAAAGAUAUAUUUUGGACUAA